AUGAAGUUCCUCAUCGUCGCUCUCUCCUUUGCCCUGGUGGCCGUCGCCUCCGCCGGUCUGGUCAAGUUCACCGACUGUGGUCACGGCGAGAUCGCCACCGUCUUCGUGGACGGCUGCUCCCUGGACGGCUGCGUCAUCCACAAGUCGAAGCCGGUGCACGUCCAGUCGAACUUCACCGCCAACCAAGAUACGAGCAAAAUUGAUGUUAAGGUGACCGCCACCCUGAACGGCCUGGAGAUCCCCAUUCCCGGCAUCGACACCGACGGCUGCAAGGCCCUCAAGUGCCCGCUGGUGAAGGGCACCAAGUACUUCCUCGACUACACCUUCCACAUUCCCUCCAUCGCCCCGGAAAUCAAGUCCAAGGUGACGCUCAAGUCAUACGGCGAGCACGGACUGAUCGCCUGCGGCCAGGUCGCCGGAGAGCUCAAGGCAUAA